AUGCUUCUCUCAAACAAUCACAAUCACGACAACCGCGCCCCGUUUCCAGUGAGCGAUCCUCGCGAUGGAAGCUGGGCUUCUUCGUCGCUUCUUCCCAACACGAAACCCUAAGCCCGAAACCCUACACCCUAUCCCCCCGCUCUAGAGGCUGCCACAAGUGUAGAGUCCAGCCGUGGCACUGAUACAAGGUAACAUCUGCCUCAAGCGCACGACAAACAGCUUCACAUGGCUUUCUACAUGGAUGGAUGCAUCUCUGUCUUGCAGCGAGGAACAAGAUGCCGUCAUCAUGAAGGGGUGGGUGUCCCGCCUGAGUGACAGAAUUGCAUCAGAUGCACGUGCAGACCAACGGAUAGAUCAGGAACAGCAACAGGAGAGCAGACCGAACGGCGUGCAGGGGCUGCUGGACUACCUGAAGAGCCAGGCUGCCGACAGCGACACACACAAGUGAGGACAACAGAUGGAUGGGAAGCGACAGGCACGUUUCCGUACACUCAUGCUGCCCAUCCCAUCUGCUUUCGUCUGGUGUGUGUUGUGUUGAUGGCACAUGCAGGUAUUGGACAGGCAUUCUCGGCUGCGCAAAUCGCCGAUACAACGAGGUGAGGGAGGCAACGAACAUGCGGAGUGAAACGUCCGUUGCGCCUCAGCUGAGAACAUCGAUCUGUGACAUUCGCUAUGCCAUGUUCGGUUGGACCUGCAUGCAGGAUCUUGAGGCGGCAGUGAUCCUAAGGCCGAAAUCGUCGUCAUCCAAGGCCGGUGGCUCCCCCCUGCUGCUCACUGACGAGGUUAAGUGGGGUGGGGGACCAACAGACACCACGGCACAAGCACGCAGGAAGGCGGUCUUCACCUUGCCUUGGCCGCCUGAUUGUUUGCCUGCCUGCGUGCCUCUAUGCAGCACGGCUUCGUGUACAAGAUCUUCAACGCGGAGCUGACGUCGGAAUGCGACUUUUACCAGCGCGUGAGGCGGGCGGCCGCGCUGCAGGGGGAGCGGGCAUUGACCACAGGGCGUGCGGUGCAUGGGCGGCUGUCCAAGGCGGUGCAGCUGACAAAGGACCAACUGCAGGAGGUGCGGACGCUGGCCUACCUGGAGCAGCAGCACCUCAUCCCCUCAUUCAGGGGCGUCACGCCCGUCGCACGGCUGGCGUCCGUCAACAGGGCCAGGCACCAGCAUGACUUGCCGCCCACUCCGUCGGCCCCUUCGUCUGUCGGUGGUCGUGACGGUGUCCCUGUUGACAACACAUGGACGCCGGUGCAGGGAGAUGACAGGGCUCUUCCAUCCAUCAAAGUGAGUAUGGAAGGAAAAGGGAAACGAUUGAUUACAUGCGCCAUCAUUCCUUCAUUCACGCUCUGUUCCCGACCUCUGUGUUCGUCGUCAGUUGGAGGACUUCACCUUUGGCUACGACCGUCCGGCAAUAGCGGAUCUGAAGCUCGGCAGCGGGUGGCUGGGGUGCCACCCGGGCGACCCGGCCUUCAUGGCGCGUGUGGCGUGUGCGUCCAAGGACCUGGCUGAGAGGGAGGCGUUGGUGGCGCGGUGGCUGGCCAUGAAGAAGCAGAUGAAGCGUGAGCUGAGUCUAGAGGAGCUGCUGAGGGAGGCGGUGGGGGUGCCGCUGAGGCUGGGCCUUACGAGUGGCGGAGGGGAGCCGCUCUGCCGGGCGGACGCGUUUGCGCUCAUCAAGAGCUGGAGACAGGAACAGGUGAGAGGGAGACAGACGGGGAGGAGAUUCGUGUAUGUAAUACAUGUGUGUGUCGGCUCGGCAGGUGUCUAAGAGCACCACUCAGUGGACGAUGGGGCUGUCCGUAGGCGGUAUGCUCUUCGCAGAUGAACUGGUCGGUGCCCUACCCGUGGACAUACACCGAACCCGCACGCCGCAACCCUCGUUAUGUCCGUCACCAUCCCACUUCCCUUCUCCCCUGUGUGUCUCACGUGUGAAUCAUGCAGGGCGGCAUGCAGGUGAGCCGUAGUGAGGGCAAGGACUUGACGGACGGCGAGCUGGUCGACCUCUUGCUGCGCUUCCUGCGGGACAAUGGAGACCUCGCCAUAGCACUCCUUGACAAACUCGUCAAACUAAAGUAACUGAUUGAGGGGGGGCAGCCAAGACCAUGAAAAGGACGGUCACUUUGAGUGUUGCCGCGGUUGACAUCUGUCUGUCUGUGUCUGCAGGGAAUGGUUUGCGCACCAGUGGUGCUACAGAUUCUAUGCCACGUCCAUCGUCAUGGUGUAUGACCAGCUGCAGCCGUCCCGCUGCGACCUCAGGUGGCUCGACUUCGCACACGCCAUCCGCCUGGUAUGUCUGGUAUGCACCCAGUAAUUAGUAAAGUGGCGGCGCUGCUCUUUAAUAAGAAUGUUUGGUGUUCGUUCGCUCGUGUCGGUGCGUGUGUGCAGACGUCUCGCGGCUCCCCCUUAUCGCAGCAGUCGUCGUCCGCCCGCCUGUCCCACUCCCCCAGCCUCACCAGUACGCCCUCUGCCGCCGCUCUCUCCGUCACGGCCGCCUCGUCCACCGCGGCGCGGGACAGCCCCGUCAGCCCGCAAUCGCCAUCCAUCAUGGCGCCCUCCGACCACACUCACACUCACCCCCUGUCGCCCUCAUCGGUCGACCAGCACGCCAGUAUGCUGCGGGGCAUGGACAACCUCAUGGACGUCCUGCGGUCCGUGGCGUGGGGCCGCCAGCUGGUGCUUGCCGAUCUGCAGCUGGUGCCGAAACCGGGGAGAGCAACUGAAGCUGCCCAUGAGACCGAGGCGGCGGGCAGCCCACCGCCAUGCUCGAGAAGCGAUGAGGCGUGUCAGGGAGAGGAGGACUGCGGGUCGCCGCUGAUGCUGCCGCAGAUUGAUGAGGCGAUCGAUGCCCUGGUGCAGAUGGACUCCCCAGCCAUAGCCAUCAGCAGAAGAGGCGAUGAGAGCCCUCUCCCACUCCCCCUCGCCAGCAACGAGCGUCUCAACGACCCCUCCCAGCCAGUGACCAUCUCAUCACUCCCACCGCCGGGCGCACUGCCGCCGCCCUCAUCGUCGUCAGCAGAGGGUGAGAUUGACAGCGAGGGCGGUCCGGUCGCACCCGCACCGAGCAUUGUUGACCGGUAUCGGGUUACCUACGCACACGUGCAGAGGGGGCUGCCGGCUGCCUACACCUUUCCCGCACCGGUGUCUCGCACCGCUGGCAGCGCACAGCAGAGGAAGGGCAGCACUGGCAAUGGCGCAGGGCCGCCGUUCAGGCGGAAGAAAGUACUAGUGGGCAUGGCGAGGGAGGAUGCAGGUGGGUGAUAUCACACACAUAACAUUCACACACAGUGAACAGGCAGACACAUCGCUACACUGCGUGUGCUCAUGAAUGUCCGAAUGCGUGCAGGUGCAGGUGGUGGUUCGUCGCAUAGUGACGAUGAUGAUUCCUCCUCUGUCAGCUCGCCCAUGUGCCUCUCAGUCACUCAAGGUGCGGUGCGUACCAACCAGCCCACCAACCGAGAUGGCUUCCGUCUGAGCGAUACUGUCCGUGUGUGUUGAGCAGGUCGUCAUGGGUUUUCCUUGCACGUGGGAGCGCCAGAUAGAUGA